ACAAAAUACAAGUAUUGAAAACAACAAACAAUCGAUUGCUUAAUUAUCACAUUACCGUAUUUCAUGUAUAACCUGUGGAAAAAAGAAAUGCAAAUUUGGUGUCUUCUAUCGCUCAUUUCGGUUAUAAUUUUUCCACUUUUGGCUCAAAUUCCACCACAACCAAUUGCGACAACAAAUAGUGCAUGCCUUAAUGAUUGCUUGAAAGAGGGAUCGCUUGUUUUUGCUGCAUCCAAUCUUCGUAAUUUUCGAAAAAUUAUCCUACACAUCGAAGAAUUCUGCGAUACUCGUGAGCAACUGUUGAAAUGUAUUCAAUCAUGUACUGAUGAAGAGCGAGAAGAGUUGGCUAAAAAGACAUCACUUAGUGAAUAUAUUUGCAGUGAUAAGCUAGAAGAGUUUCGAUUGGUAAAAGAAUGUAUGGAAAAUCAAGAGGAUAUCGAUAGUGUCAGCAAAUGUUCCAACGAAUGUGGACAUCCUUCUGAUGCUACCAUUCAACUUGAUUCAUCACCUGCGGCACCUGUUAAUCCAUUUGCAUUCAUCGAUAGCAUUACGCAAGUUUGUCGUACGAUUGAAUGUACCAUCAAAUGUUCCAUAACGGAAUCAAACAAGAUAUGUGCUGGAAGUGGUUAUUUGUUUAGGGAUAUUGGCUUCAAGCAAGUGCUAGAAUCAAGUGACAAAUUGGAAAAUGAUGCAUUCAAUUCAUCAUCGGCUACCCAACAAUUAACAAAGAUAUAUUUAGAAUCACUUCCUAAGCAGUGUACUUUUAUUAUCAAUCCCACCAAUUACAAGACGACAUUCGCAGAGCAUGAAGCAAACGAUGAAUCCGGGAUAGGGUUAUCAGAAACUUCGGAGAUUGAAAGGAAUACGGUGAAACCGAGCAGUAUCUCAGAUGAAGAAAGAAUGAAACAAACAACUUCAGAAAUGUUUAAUACAAAUAGCGAUAGCGUUAUCACACGGAUAUUUGAUGCACAGCUGACGACUAAAGCUACUGAAAUGUCAAGAGAUGAUGAUACAAUGGAGGAAAUGGGAAAAGAAGCGGUAGAAUUGACUGCAAAAGCGGAAGUGGGAGAUGAAUCUGAUGUCGCAAUGGAAUCAUCAACAUUCGACAAUGUCGCUUCCACUGUAGAAAGUGCUGAUAGUCCAUCUAUGAAAUCUGAAACAUCGGUGCAGAUUCAAACACAGCCAACAACAUCGCAUGAAUCGCAUGAAAUUACGGAACAAGAAGAGGAAGAAUCAACAGUAAGCACUGUAACAAGUCAUGAACAGGAGGAGAAGGAGGAAGAGGAGAAUGAAUCAGCAAUAAUAUGGGCAUCUAAGAAAGAAGAAACUACAACGGUUGCAGUUCAGGAAUCGGAUGAAAAGGAUGAAGAAAUAGAAAGUAGCGACGUGAUGGCGCAUUUACAACAUCUUAGCACUCCAGCAACAGCUCAAGAGAUGACAGAACGUACUAUAGUAGUUGUGAACGACGAUGAGGAAAAUGAAAUUGAUACCAAUUCCAUUAUACAACGUACUGCCGCUGAACAAAAGGAUGCGACAAAGCAGGGAGUAUGUGAAAGGAUCACUUUAUCAUUACUACUGAUCCUUCCUUCAAUUUCGUUGUACCUUUCCAAUCAGUUAACGAUGCAUGUAAUUUAGUCUAAUCUAACUGUACAUAUAAUUCAAUUUGAUAUGUAAAUUGUGUACAAGAUGGUGAGGGUAGCAGGAUGGAAUGAAUAGAAAUGGGUAGUUUCCAUGUUAACGAUUCCUUCAUAUGAUUUUAAUUUUUGACGACAUCAUGCAAUCCGAUGUUUCUUGGCGACAUGCGUACAAAUGGAAGAUUUUUCCACAUAUCUUUGAAAUGAUAACACCACCUCGUUUUUUCUUUUCCAUUUACCUAUUAUACCAUCC